CAUAAAAGCAAAUUGACUAUACCAAAUUUACUCUCUGGAUCUGCCCAACCAAGCUCCCCAUUUUUUUAUUGUUCCAACAGCUCCUUUCCCAAACAAAACAACAAAAGGCCUUCCUUCCUUUUUUUCUUCUUCUUCUUGAAGAAUUAUCUGAAGCAUCGAGAGGUUAUGUGGUGCUAAGCAUCAAGCAUCAAAUAGGGGGUGGAUCGUCUUUAAGGGUUUUCAAUCAUGGGAAAGGAGAAUGCUGUUUCUGGCAACACCAUACGGCUCCAUGGUCGCCCUGUAACUCGUGCUCUUGCCUCUGCCUUGCGUGCUUCUUCUAAGCUGAUCACAUCUUCAGAAGUGGCUGCUACAUCACAUAACCAGGGACGGGUUCUGAGAGCAAAGUCUAAACGAACAGCCUUGGAUGAGAAGAAAGCCAAUGCACCUAAGAAGCGAGCUGUUCUCAAGGACAUUACUAAUGUUACCUGCGAGAAUUCUUACACAAGUUGCUUCAAUGUUGCGGUGGACAAUAUCAAGCAGGUAAAGAAGGGACGAGCGAGCUCUUCCAAGGUGGCAUCUUCUUCGGCUACUUCACAAGUUACAGAUGAAAAGGUAGAAGUUGUGGCAAAUUCAGCAGGAGGAAGCUUGUCGGAUUGUACAGGCACGAGCUUGGGUACAAACGAAGCAUCUUAUAGCUUUAUCGCAAAGCCGAGUUCAAGAUUGCCGCCAAGACCCCUUGGGACAGUUGAAAGAAGUUGUGUUGGAGCAAGUUCCAGUGUCGCAAGUAUCCCAAAAUUCUUUGACAUUGAUUUAGAUGACAAGGAUCCUCUACUCUGUAGCCUUUAUGCACCUGAUAUCUACUAUAACCUGCGUGUUGCUGAGCUUAAACGCAGACCAUUUCCUGAUUUUAUGGAAAGGACUCAAAGAGAUGUGACUCAGACAAUGAGGGGAAUUCUGGUUGAUUGGCUUGUAGAGGUAUCAGAGGAAUACACACUUGUACCUGACACACUCUACCUAACAGUGUAUUUGAUAGACUGGUUUCUACAUGGAAACUACGUGGAAAGACAGAGACUUCAAUUGCUUGGCAUCACCUGUAUGCUCAUUGCUUCAAAAUAUGAGGAAAUAUGUGCGCCACGGAUUGAGGAGUUAUGCUUCAUCACGGAUAACACUUACACAAGAGAUCAGGUCCUGGAAAUGGAGAGCCAAGUACUCAAGCAUUUUAGCUUUCAAAUUUACACUCCCACUUCAAAGACAUUCCUCAGGAGAUUUCUUCGAGCAGCUCAAGCUUCAUACCCGAGCCCAAGUCUGGAAAUGGAGUAUCUGGCGAAUUACCUAACGGAAUUGACGUUAAAAGACUAU